AUGGCCUCCCGUCUUCUUGUGUCUGGUCUCCCCCGGUCCCUCCCUCCCCUUCCUCAGGGCCCUGGCCCUGCCUGUGUCCCUUGUGUCGAGGGGCGACAGCGUGCUGCCCCUCACUCCUCCCAGUUUCCUCCGACAGAGGCUCGGUUGCAGACGCUUCACAUGGACGUGUGGGGCCCUGCCCGCGUCCGUGGACUCGGUCACGAGCGCUACUUCCUGUUGGUGGUUGACGACUACUCGCGUUACACCACAGUCUUCCCCUUGCGCAGCAAGGGUGAUGUCACUGAGGUGCUGAUCGACUGGAUCCGCGCAGCUCGUCUCCAGCUCAGGCAGAGCUUUGGCUCGGACUUUCCUGUGUUGCGUCUGCACUCGGACAGAGGCGGAGAGUUCUCCUCUGGCCUUCUGCGUGCCUACUGUCGUGCGCGAGGCAUCCGUCAGACCUUCACGCUUCCGAACUCACCGCAGCAAAAUGGGAUUGCAGAGCGCCGCAUUGGCAUGGUCAUGGACGUCGCUCGUACGUCUAUGAUGCAUGCGGCUGCCCCCCAUUUUCUGUGGCUGUUUGCGGUUAGGUACGCGGCGCAUCAGAUCAACCUCCACCCCAGGGUCUCCAGGCCGGAGACCUCCCCAGCCCUGCUGUGGACGGGGAAGGUUGGCGAUGCGUCGGCGUUCCGGGUCUGGGGAUCUCGGGCGUUUGUCCGCGACUUGUCUGCGGACAAGCUGUCCCCUCGCGCUGCUCCCUGCGUCUUCCUGGGGUUCCCCCCCGACGCCCCUGGGUGGCAGUUCUACCACCCCACCUCUCGCCGUGUUCUGUCCUCCCAGGACGUCAUGUUCGACGAGUCGGUACCCUACUACCGCCUCUUUCCCUACCGCACUCCGUCCCUCCCCCCUCCCCCGCUCUUCUUGGUAGACGCGGUCGAACCUGUCGAGAUCACUGGUGACUCUGGUGCUGCUGUGGGUGCUGAACCUAGGGGUGCUGUGACUGGGAGUGCUGUGCCUGGGGGUGCUGAGCCCGGGGGUGCGCCUGGGGGUGCUGAGCCUGGGGGUGUUGAGCCUGGGGGUGCUGAGACUGGAGGUGCUCCGCCUGGAGGUGCUUUGCCUGAGGGUCCUGAGCCUGGAGGUUCUUCGCCUGGAGGUUCUCCGCCUGGAGGUGCUUCGUCUCGCCGAGAGCCACUCUCCCCACAGGAGCUGCGUGAGUGGUUUGCCCGGCGCUGGAGGCGUGCUGCUGGUGCUGGAGGUUCUUCGGCUGCUGAGUGUGCUGCUGCAGCGCGUCCCGGAGGUGCUCGUGCUGUGGGUACUGGAGCUCCUAGGCCUGAGGGUUCUCCUGGAGCUGGUGCUGCUGAGGGUGUUGGCGCUGAGACUACCACUGGCGGUCCGACUGGCAGUGCUCCUGGUGCUGCUGGGGGUUCUGGGGCUACUGGAGGUGCUGUUGGAGGUUCAGGUGCUGCUGGAGGUGCUGCUGGAGCGGGUACUCCUGCUGGGGGUACUCGUGCUGUCCCUGCUGUUUCUAGCAUCGCCACGCGGCCCCGACUGUACUUCGUUCCGCUCCUGCAGCUGGUUCUUGGUCUUACACCUUCUCCUGGUCCUCCUCCUCCUCCCUUAGAGGGUCCACAGCCUGUCCCGUCACAGUCACAGCUACAGCCUGCCUCCCCUGUGCCUGCUCCUUCUCCCUACACUGGUCCGACUAGAGGUCUUACAGAGCGUCGUGAGCCUGCGUCUCGUCCUGCGUUGCCUGUUUGUGCUACGUGCACUAGUGGUCGCAGUUCGCGUCAGCGUCCUCUUCCUGUCCAUGGCACGCACCGGAUGUCUCUGCGUCCGUCUACUGCUCCUCUGCGUGCCCCUUUGCCUUCUCCUCCUGCUUCCUCUCUUUCUGCUCUUGCCGACCCGGAGUCGGACUCUCUUCGUGCUGCCUGUCCUACUGUCACGCGUCUCCUUGCUACUGCCGUCACCGACCCUUCUUUCGAGUCUUCUGCUGCGUCUGCCCUUGUUACUGAGCUCGUCGACUUUGCUGCGCGCUGUCGUCUAGACUACGCUGCUAGUCUUGUCGCUGAGUCUGAGUCUGAUUGUUCUCCGUCCGUCGGGGGUGAGUGUGCCCUUGGCACGGACGUCCUUGAGGACAGGCAGGAGGAGUUCCAGUGUCUGGCCGCCGCUUCACCUCAUCUCGCGUCUGUACUGCUCGCCCCUGAGGGAGACCCGGAUGCACUAGACAUCCCGACUCCGCGCUCUUACGCGGAGGCGAUAGAGGGUCCCUACUCCUCUUAG